CAUGUCUUUACGCAUGAGAACGCAAUGCCUUUGCAUACCACUGGGUCAAUAGUCCUUCUCUCCCUCUGCAUCCUCUUCUUCAUAUUACUGGGGUGGUCUUGAAUGACAGCGUGUGACGUCAGAAGGUGCACAACUUGGGGACAUAAGAAUACCUUCAGCCAAGUGGACAGCACGCGUUUAGUAGCACUGAAAGUGGUCUGCAUUUGCCCGUGAUGAAGAACCGAAACAUUACCUGUUUGGAAACUAUGGAAAUUGUAGUUGUCUGCGUCAUUCUGCUGAUGGUUACACUGGAAGUCACUGAAUGUAGUGGAAAUGGGAUGAAAAUCCGAGGUAGUGCCUGUCCUUUGCGUUGUAACUGCGAGAGCGACGACAUACUCCAGCGAGUAGAUUGCGCCUACCUCGGGCUCACGGUUCUGCCCGCCAACCUGAGCGUGUUUACCUCAUUCCUGGACCUCAGCAUGAACAACCUCAGCACACUGCCCGCUAGUGCCUUCUCCAACCUGCACUUCCUGCAAGAGCUGCGUCUCGCUGGAAACGGCCUCGUACACUUCCCCAGAGGGGCGUUCUCUGGUCUCUUCAGUCUCAAAGUGCUAAUGUUGCAGAAUAAUCGACUAACACAGAUCCCAAGUGAAGCUCUCCAAAGCCUCAGAAACCUGCAGUCGCUACGUCUGGAUGCCAACCACAUCAGUAUGGUGCCACCUGGCUGCUUCGAGGGGCUGACUGCCCUGCGCCACCUGUGGCUGGAUGAUAACAUGCUGACCCAUGUGCCCGUCCGGGCGCUGACCAGCCUCACGUCCCUGCAGGCAGUGACCUUUGCCCUCAAUCGAAUCAAUCACAUCCCAGACUACGCCUUUGCCAACCUCUCCAGCUUGGUGGUCCUGCAUCUCCAUAAUAACCGAAUCAGCUCACUGGGGGAGAAGUGCUUUGAUGGGCUGCAGAGUCUUGAAACAUUGGAUCUCAACUAUAAUAGCCUGAGUGAGUUCCCCAUUGCGAUCAGAGCACUCACUAAUCUCAAAGAACUGGCUUUCCACAGCAACAGCAUUCAGUCCAUCCCUGAUCACGCCUUCAUAGGGAACCCUUCUCUCCUUGCGAUAUUCUUUUACAACAACCCUAUAAAAUAUGUCGGCAAAUCAGCCUUCCAGAAUCUUCCCGAACUAAGAACCCUGUCUCUCAAUGGAGCCACAGAGCUUUCUGAGUUCCCAAAUCUUACAGGCACACAUUAUCUGGAGAGUCUGGCUGUCACCGGAGCAAGCAUCAAAUCUCUGCCCAGUUCCAUCUGUGAGAUGUUACCCAACCUCCACGUGCUGGAUUUGUCCUACAAUCAGAUCCAUCACCUUCCGAGUUUUAGUGGGUGUGGAAGGAUUCAGAAAAUUGAUAUGAACCACAAUGAAAUCCAGGAAGUGCUAGCAGACACAUUCCAGGACCUAUCGAUGCUCAGAUCUUUGGACCUGGCAUGGAAUAAACUGCGCUCGGUGGACCCGCUGGCCUUCUCCUAUCUGCCAUCAUUAAUCAAACUAGACCUGACCUCCAACGCCCUCUCCUCUCUGCCCGAGCUGGGGCUGCCCGGGCUAACGCACUUGAGGCUGGCUGGCAAUGAGGCCCUGCUGCAGCUGCUCUCUCCCCAAAAGUUCCCCAGUCUCAGAGUCCUGGAGGUGCCGUAUGCAUUUCAGUGUUGUGCUUUCCUCUCGUGUGAAAAACGAGACUUUGGUGACACUAAAGAGAUGAGCAGCUACAGACGAAGGGACACUGGAAUCACGGCCAACCAAGAGGAGCAAGAGUUCGGGGAGUUUUUCCUAGAACUGGAAGAAAAUCCCAAACCCGUCCACUCUAUCCAGUGCUCUCCAGCCCCGGGUCCCUUCCAGCCCUGUGACCACCUGUUUGGGAGCUGGCUUAUCCGUAGCAGUGUGUGGGCCAUAGUCCUCCUGUCCGUGGUCUGUAACGCUCUGCUGCUGGUGACCAUCUUCUUGUCCCCGGCCAUCAAGUCGUCCGCCAAGCAGCUGGUGGGCCUCCUGGCCUCUGCCAACCUCCUGACGGGGCUCUGCAGCGGCGCUCUGGCCGUGGCCGACACCCUGACGUUCGCCAACUUCGCCGAGUACGGCGUGCUAUGGGAGAGCGGCGUCGGGUGCAAGCUCGUCCCCUUCCUGUCCGUGCUCUCCGCAGAAGCGGCCGUGUUCCUCCUGACGGCAGUCACCGUGGAGCAGGGCCUCCUGCUCUGCCAACUCAAAGCCGUGGAUGCCAGGACGCCGGGGAAGGUGAAACUCGUCUCGGCGCUCUGCUUCGUCCUGGCCGCCGCCGUGGCCUCCCUGCCGCUCCUCCGCGUGGGAGAGUACGGGGCCAACUCCCUGUGUCUGCCCAUGCCCUCGGGGGAGUCCUCCAGCGCGGCCUUCAGUGUGACCGUGGUGCUGCUCAACUCCUUCUGCUACUUCGUCAUGACGGUGACCCACGUCAAGCUCUACUGCCGGCAGGGGAAGGGACUGGCGGAGGACUGCCUGGACUGCUGCUGGGUGAAGCACGUGGCUCGCCUCCUCUUCACCAACUGCUUGCUCUUCUUCCCCGUGGCCUUCCUGUCCUUCGCCGGGCUGCUCAACUUCGCCUUCGUGAGCGCCGAGGUGGUCAAGUCCAUCGUGUUGGUGGUGGUGCCUCUGCCCGCGUGCAUGAACCCCCUGCUCUACAUGCUCCUCAACCCCCAUUUCAAAGAGGACUUGAGCGGCCUGUGCUCUCCGAAGGGAAACCGCCUCGUUGUCGAUUCCGAAGCGGCGGAGGAGAAGUCGUGCGAUUCCACCCAGUCGCUCGUCACAGAAACGUCCGAAGCGCCCGAGAGCGCUUGGCCGUCUCAGCAGAGCUUGGCAUGCACGGCCGAGCGGUGUCCCCUAUCCCGCUGCUAAAGUAGACUUUAAGAAGAAGAAAAAAACAGACUUUAAACAGAACUGAUGACCAUGGAAGCACUCGCCCUCAGACGGUGGCCAGUGAGGAGAAACACACACUCUCUUUCAGCUCCCGAAAACUGUGGUCACCAAACCAUCAGGUGAUCUGUGGAAAGGUGUCUGUGGGGGAGCUGAGGCCGUGGGAAACAUCAGGAUUCCAUCAGCUAGGCUGAGUGCCGAGGAAUGAGAACCAGAACACACACACACACACACACACAUACACACACAGGCUGAGGCCAGGUGGAAGGGACCUGAGGCAUGUAGAAAAGAUGGCCUCCACUGCCAAGUGUCUGAUGAGACUCAAUAUUUACCUCAGUGAUGUCUUCCUUCUGGGAGAACAUUAUCUGAAUUGUCAGUGGCUGCUCAUGAGUACUGCCUGGCCAUAGAGGAGGGAGAGUGAGCACCUGGAAGGUGCUGGAAGGCCAGUACAUGAAGACAAUCUGCAAGUAAAUGUUAGCAGCAGAUGGUAGGAAGAUGUUCUGUUAUAGUAAGUGCCUACUAUUGAAGUGUUUUUUUUUUUUUUACUGUAAAUGACAUGGCCUACAGUGUCACAUGAAAGACCGGAUUUCACUUUUUAUGUGAACAAUGUUCAGUGUGCUCAGAAACAAUCCUGAUUCUUAUUGUAAAUACAGUUUGUUUUGUGCAACCCCCCCUUUUCAACCUAUUUUCAGGAAUUUUCCAUUUGAACUGCAACAUUUUGGAACGUGUAGCACCAUGGUAAACUGUUCUCAUAGUAAUCUUCACCACUUGGUAGUAGUUUGCAGCUCUCUUAAGUAACAAUCCACAGUAUUCAUGUACAUACAGGGAUCAUUAUGGAACAACUAGGGUAUAUUUGGAAAAACACAUAUCAUGGGAAGGGUUUGCUCUGCUGAAUACAAUUGGCAAACUAUUGUACAAUGAAUGCUACUUCUAUACCACGAAAGAAAACUACACUUGAAGACUUUUAAAUGAAUUAAAAUUGAAAGAAAGGUGUCGACUCCAUAGCCUCUGUCCAGUAUGUGGAGUUGUUAAGUUAAAAACUUAAAAACAGAUCUCAUCACCAGGCAGUAGUGAAAAAGGGUUAACAUAGAUGAGAACUGGUGUGUGCUUUAGUCACAAUUAAUGACAAGUUCAUGUAACUAGCACUAUUGCAUUUCAUUAUAUCACUUUAGUUCGAGACUCCUCAACAGUGAACAGUGACUAACAAAUGUAGGUUGGUUAUGGGCAUAGACAUAUAUAGAUAUACAGUAUAUGUCUAUGGGUUAUGGGUUACUGACGGCUCUGCAGGUGCUGCUAAAGAACAAGCAAAGCCUGAUCAACUACAAACAUGAGGCAUUUUUUUUAUUACCAUUAGAAAUGGCAGUAGUAUUUCUUUACAACACACCAGUUUCUGAAUAAAACUGUGUCUAACAUAAAAAAAUAUGUUUUAAUCAUUUUGUUAAUGGUGAUACCUUUGAUUUGCCAACAGGUGUGUUUAUGUUCCGAUUUUGGCCCCUUUACAUGACUCUUUGACCUCAAAGGCCAAGCAAUAUGUGAGGAUGCUACCGCCGGAGACUUUAUAUGACGAAAGACAGACAUAAAAUACACACAAUAAAAACACAACACACGAUCCAUUCAUUAGAAAAUAAUUUAAUAUAAACAUAUUUCAAAUACAAAAAAUGUUUUAGAUGCAUCAUCAUUCAUGGAUCCUCUUGAAUACUC